CAAACCCACACUCCACACCUUGCCGACGCGAGACGCGCACUCUACCUUCGCACCGAGCAGCAGCCGCAUCCGUCCGCAGCCCGGCGUCGACACGAUGGCGUACUCCGGCGAUCGCCGGCCCUCUCCGCCCCCGCCCCCGCAGCCGCACGCGCCCCUCUCCUACCUCUCCCCGUCCGCGGCGCCCUUCACCGUCGGCCGUCCCCGCGGGGCCGCGGCCCCCGAUCCGGUCCCCAACGCCCCCGCUAACCCUAGCCCCUACCCCGACCUCCCCACCGCGCCGUCGCUGUACGACUCCUGGGUCGAGCCCCCCGCGAGCUACAUGGAUCUGGAGGCCGGCGCAGCGGCCGGGUACCGAGGUUUUGCUAAUUCUGAUGGGUUUCUGGUUUCUGAGAAUACACACAAUGGCUUAUACACUGGGAAUCAUUUUGGUACCAACAUGCAGCCACAUUCCUUCACAACAUGCAGCUCCGAGUGGAUGGAAGAGAAGUAUCCUGGAAUUUACCAAAGAACGUCAAAGGCCCUCCCAAGUGAUUUUGGGUCAUCAGUUAUCCAUCAGCCUUCUGUGUCUCCUAACAUGUUUGCUUGCUUAGAUAAAAAACCCUGUUCCACACCUCAGCCCGUGAAUCAGCAUUCCCCGUAUUCUGCUUAUGAUAACUACAUGGCACAUCUUCCAUCAUCCUCAACGUAUCCAUUGGAUUACAACCUGUCCAUGCCACCUGUUUCUGCCUCACCUGAAGUAUGCGCUACAACAAAAUCAUUGUCACCCACAACAGAUGGCCAUAUAUUGGAAAAUGCAUUUUCCUCACCAUAUAUGAACCCUUGCAGAUUAAAUCUUGAUUAUUUUGACACCAUGCAAAAUGAACAGAAAGACCUCUUUGGACAUCAGACUGCUUAUAAACCUUAUGGUGACUGGAGUAACUCUGAUAAUGGUACGAGAAUUAUGGGAAGCUAUCCACUUAGUAGACGUGGAGUUGGAGAGAACUAUCCUUUGGGUGAGAGUUCAGAAACUGGGAGGCCUGUGCAGCCAGGAACCUAUCCACUUAAUAGACAUGGAGUUGGAGAGAACUAUCUUUCUGGUGACACUUCUGAAUCUGGGAGACCUGUGCAGCCUUCAUCAGAAGUGAAGUCUGGUUUCAAGAGCUUACAAGCAUCAUGUUCCAAUGUGUCUCCUUCAGAACAUGCAUUUUCUCAGCCUCGUGACCUUUUCAUCGAGCCACUUGAAGUAAAUAAUCCUGUUGUUGAUUCUCCUUGUUGGAAAGGGACACCAACUGUACAUCAGUCAUCAUUUGGUGUGAAAAAUGAUGAAGCUCCUUUUUCUGCUAAUGGCUCAGAUGACCUCCAUGAUUUGCACCAAAGCAAGAAGCUUUCUGAGUUUGGUACAAGUAAUUCUGUGUUAUUUCCCAAGCGUCAUGAUACAUCAAAUCCCGAGAAUGAUUCCUGUCUACCUUACUAUGCAAAUUAUCUUUCUUCAUUCAGUCCGCCUUCAGGGUGUAAAAAAUCUGAAGGUCAUAGUGAUGCACAACGAUCCAAUGUUGGGGAUUCCGAUUGUAUGGCUAGGUCUAGCCACCCUAGUUAUGUAUCUGUAGAUCAAGGCACCAGAAGAGAAAAACAUGUGAUCUGUAAGACAGGAGACAAUUCCGGAAAUGGGGUAACACCAGGUCAACAGGGAGGUGUUUUUCUUGGCAAAAGAACAUUUGAACCCAUAGUGUUAGGCAGAGAUUUCGCCAGUCAUGUUGUGGUUAUGAAUGAAGAUUCUGGUAAGAAAGUUUCAAGCAAUGUUGACGCAGCUCCAAUUGCAAAGGCUAGGAGUUUAACAAAAGAGAGUCUACAAGGAAAUACUUGUGUCCAUAAAGAUGUGGCAACAUUGGAAAGUCUGUACUCGGAGAUGCCUAUGAAGAUAGGUCUGGAGCAUUUAACCCAUUGCAGUGCUGGUGUUGAGGAGUCGGUGAAGAUAUCUUCAGAUAAAGUUACCUGCAGAUCCAAGACUCAAGAAGACUUAAUCAAGUCAAUUUAUAAUUUCUCAGUAGUGCUUCUAUCUACUUGCGAUGGCGGUUAUGUGUUGGAGGAAUCUGAACAUGCACUUGUUCAAUCUACAAUACACAAUCUCAGUUCUUUGAGUUCCAAGAUAAGAAAGGCUGCAUUAAAAAAUGAUGAUGUCAAUGGAAACUGCCGCCAGACGAGAUCAGAUACAACAAUGUGCCAUGGAAAGAAUCAUCAGCCUGAGAAGUUUGAUGGACUUGAUUGGGAGAACAUUGGUGCAGAUUUUAAAACAUUUAUUUUGGAGGAUCUUACUAAGCUUCCAGAAGAGAAUGCCAUUGGUGAUACUAAAGAUGCGCAAAUGCUGAUAUAUAAGAAUCUAUGGAUUGAAGCUGAAGCUUCCAUGUGUAAACUCAAGUAUGAACUGCAACUUGCCCGCAUGAAACUUGCGACAAAACAUUGCAAUCAGCAAACAGCUGCAGCACCUGCCGAUUCAUUAGGAGAAGCCAAAGCCUCUAACCUGCCCAAACACAAGAACUCUUUAUGUUUUGAAGGGAUUGCUGAUUCUAGCAAACAACAAAACCAUGUGAAAGAGCGCAAUAUCGGCAAUGCAGCCUUGCUACCUCAGGGAGGUGAUAAGGUUGAUGCUGAUGUCUUUGCUCGACUGAAAGUUCUGAAGCUCCGUGAAAAGAGUAUAAAUUGCUCCCGUGAGGUUAAUGCUGAUCUGCAGAAGGGAACAAGUAAUUAUAACAGGACAGAUGUUGUUGAUGACACUGUUUUUGAUAAUGCUGUUGAUGAUAGGAUAACUUCUUUAGUGGAGGACAUCAUCAAAGAGCGUUCAGAGGCAAGCAGCAGUGAAGGUGGCGAGGCUGAUGGUGCUACCAUUGCUGCACCUAACGAUUUCAUGAGCUUUAAUAACAAUACAAGAUCAUUGGAUGGGGACACCAACAUAGAGCAGCUGGAAUCUAGUGAAAGCAAAGUCCAUGGUGCUUUUAUGUCCAAGCUCAAAGAUUUGAUGUGCUGUAGUGAUGAUGUAAGCUCAUCAAACGAGGGUCAGGCUGCAAGCAAGAAUGAAUUCGGUCAGCUUGAAGACGUGGUUAUGGCCAGGCUGCAAGUCCUGAAAAGACGUGAAGAUAACAAUAGCAGUGCUGUGAACGAGGGACAAGAGGUCUUCCAUUCUGAUGAUUGGGCGGGUCACUUUGAAACAAAACGACUUGGUCGAGGGGCGCAUGAUGAGCUGAUCCAGAAGACUGAUUUGCCUGACGACGCUGGGUCCAGGGCCCAAUCUGAUGAAGCAGAUAGCAAAACCGCAAGCCAAUAUGUCAGUGCAUUGCUUGAAGAGCCCCGUGUUGUCUCAGCACCAGCGGAACCUGCAAGUGCGCAAAUGCAUGACGAGCAGCUGAGCAGCUCACCGCCGGAAUGGGAGCACGUGUUGAAGGAGGACUUCUUCCUCCCAGGAAACCAUUUGAAGUGAAAGGCACCUGCUCGCCCCUUGGUUUGAUUUGAAAAUCCUGUUUGUUGUAUAUAUAUGUUGUUAACUUAAGUAAUAUGCGAGCCGGAGAUUGUGACAUAAGUUGCAGGAUCAACCGUCGUAGUACGUGGUUGCUAAAACUGAAGCUUUAUGUAGAAAAUAAUCUCAACUCAUGGCUCAUACUGAGCUUUCUGUAAAUAUACGCUGUGCGUCCUAUCUGGUUGUAUGCUUUGGAAGGAUCGUCAUGCACUUCACUUAACACCUAUAUUAUCGUAACAUGUAAUGAUUGUGUGUGCGCUA